AGGUGAACAAGAGUGGAAGUUGAAAACAAAGCACUUUUGUGUCAGACCAAUGGGAUUUCAUAUGGAAGCAGCUGAUUGGCCUGGUCUACGAGUGACGCAUGAACGCGGAAGUGAAUCAGUUCAUCGGCAGAAAAAUGGCAGCUCACAGGUGUAGCCACUCGGUUUGGCAAUUUCUUCUGUUUAGUUUGCUAGCGUUUCACUUAGCAGACAGCCAAGAGACGGCGCUUAUCAAUGAAAACAAUGCUAGUGUGGUCGAUAAUCCACAAACAACCACCGAAACAGCGAAGCAAACAGCCGAGCAGCCUGCGGUGGAGGAAAGGCAGUGGGAAGAAACCGAAGUAAAAGAAUCGAGUCCCCAUGAUGCUGCAGCUGAAAAAGAGGACUCUUCUGCCUCUGACACCACAGUUCUAACAUCAAUCCCGCAACCUAAAGAUGAUUUUACGGAGGAAUUGGUUAUUAGACCGCUGCACUCCGGAGAUAUUUAUGCCAGCUUCCAGUUCCGCACCCUAUGGGAAACAGAUUUCAAUGCAGGAAACAAAGUGUCCCACUACAGGCUGUUUCCCAAGUGUCUGGGCCAGGUCAUCUCCAAGUUCUCAGUGCGAGAGCUGCAUAUCUCCUUUACUCAGGGCUACUGGAGAACUAUGCAGUGGGGGCAGCCCUUUCUGCCAUCCCCACCAGGAGCUGAGCUCUGGGUUUGGUUCCAGGACUCUGUGACAGAUGUGGAUGCCACAUGGAAGGAGCUGACCAAUGUCCUAUCAGGGAUCUUCUGCGCUUCUCUGAACUUCAUUGACUCCAUCAACACUGUUCAGCCUAGUGCCUCCUUCAAACCUCUGGGAAUAGGCAAUGUGACAGACCAUCACUUCCUUCGUUAUGCCACCCUUCCCCGAGAAAUUGUCUGCACUGAGAAUUUGACUCCCUGGAAGAAACUCCUGCCCUGUGGAUCCAAGGCUGGUCUCGCUGUGCUUCUGAAGUCAGAGAAACUCUUCCACAGCAGUUUUCAUUCCCAGGCAGUGCAUAUAAGACCAGUAUGUCAGGACUGGCAGUGUAAAACCACGUCCUGGGAGCUGAGACAGACUCUGAAUAUAGUCUUUGACCUGCACACCUCUGCACAGAGCAAACGAGAGUGGUCAUUGUUUAAGAUGUUUUCUCGGACCCUGACAGAAGCAUGUCCACUGGCCUCAUCUAGUAAAAUAUAUGUUGACGUCACAGACAAUCCUCAGGAGGAACUGUUUGAACUCAGCCCAGCCACUCCCCUGCUGAGCCAGGCAGGGGUGCUAGGGGACAGACGGACCUUCUCUGUCUACGAUCUGACCCAACAAAUCACCUUUGGCACCAUGCGCUCCCUUAACCUGCUGAUCCGCUGGAAAUCCACUGAGGGUGAAAUGCUUCGCCCUGUGCUCCAUGCAGAGCGUUACGUAGCUGGAUAUGGGCUGCAGACAGGGGAGAUUCAUACCUUAAUUUACAACAACCAUCCCUUCAGGUCUUUCCCUGUGUUGCUGCUGGACUCAGUGCCGUGGUAUCUUCGUCUCUACAUCCAUACACUCACUGUCACCAGCAAAGGAAAGGACAACAAACCAAGCUACAUCCACUACCAGCCAUCAAAGGACCGAAUACGGCCCCACCUGCUGGAGAUGUUGGUCCAGCUUCCUCCACACUCUGCAACUGAGGUUACAGUGCAGUUUGAGAGAGCCCUGCUCAAAUGGACUGAGUACACACCAGAUCCCAACCACGGCUUUUAUGUGGGGUCCUCGGUCAUCAGUUCUCUGGUACCAAGUACUGUUGCCAUGGGUACAAACAUCACUCAAGAACAACCACUUUUUAGCAGCUUUUUUCCCUGCAAAGAAGAGACCAGUUACUUUGUGCGCGUCUACACAGAGCCUCUGCUAGUCAACCUGCCCACUCCAGACUUCAGCAUGCCUUAUAAUGUCAUCUGUCUGACUUGUACUGUUGUGGCUGUGGGCUAUGGCUCCCUUUACAACCUACUGACCCGGAGCUUCCAAAUCGAAGAACCCAACCCAGGAUUAGCCAAACGGAUAGCAAAUAUUAUUCGAAAGAUGAGGGGUGUGCCGCCACUUUGAGGCUGCAUAACCGGGCUCACUGACUUCUUUCAGAAAAUAAGUUUUCCUUUUGGUGAAAUGACUGGAAAACAAAUAAUAUUCAGGGAGGAACUGAGUCAAACACUGGUGUGAAUGUUUUAAUAACGGUCAGCUUGAAGGCUGUUUUUUUUUUUUUUAAACAGAUUUUUUUUAUAUUGCAUUAUUAUAUUCAGGAUAAUUUCUCUCGCCGGCUAUAAAAUGGCAGAUGAUUGUCCUCUCGAGUGAAAGGGAGAAUUUUGUUUUCUUUUGACAAGUAGAAGGCGCCAAAGUUAUAUUUUGAGGUGACAAAUUAGGGUUUUGUUAAGCUUCUUAUUGGAAACAACAGUUCUUUUUCGUCAUUCAGUUGUACUGUCACUGAAGCAUAUUGAUAUUGUAUGAAGACAGUUAAUCAGUCUGUUAUCCUCAAACUGGUUUGGCCUUGAAUUACAUUGAUGUAUCGGCACCUCUAGAAAACUGUCACCUUUGGUCUUACUCAGUGUUUUUGACAUGUUUGCCAUCUCCCUAUCAGGUUAGAUAAGGUAAAAAGUCACUGCGACUUUGUCAGAAUGAUUCUUUUUUUCUUCCAAACUUGAACCAUGACCCUGACAUCAAUUUCUCAGUAGCUUAAUAAAUUUCACAAACUGUGGAAUUAUUUUCUUUUUCAUCUGGCAUGAGGUCUCUUGUAUCAUUUGAAGAGAAUUAACACUUUUUAAAAACAUUUUUUAGACUGACCAGAUGUAAGUAAAUCAAGUCAAGUCAAGUCAAAGAGGUUUAUUUGUCACAUGCACAGUUAUACAUAGUACAAUUGUACAGUGAAAUGUGUAUUCUGUACCUGCAUCCUUUAAGAAUAGAACGAAUAAGCUAAAUAUUUAUAAAAUAGAAUAAAAAUAGAAUAGAAUAAAAAAGAUAAGUCUUUUUUCUUUUAAAUAAGAUAAAAGAUAAAAAUGCAUAACUUCUUGUUUUAAAUUAAACUUUCCUCAUACAAAUGUACAUUUUGUCUUAUUUUUGGAAGGAUGCUUGAAUGUUACAUCCAAUGAUUUGAACACGACAUAAUUUCUUGCCUUUGGCUUGUUGAAUUAUGAAUCAUUUGCACUCAGUUCAGUCGUUUCAGUACGUCUUUUAACAAACUAGAGUUUUACACGCCUGUCAAAGUCAAUUUUUUCAUAAAAAAAAAAAAGGGUAGUCACAUGUGAACUUUUGAGUCUGUACACUUUGUGUGACUGCAUUUUGAUAUUAAUAAUAAACUGUCUAUUCUGAUUAUUUGCAGUAAAGUCAUAUCUGAAAUGGA